AUGCUUAGGCUUAUAUCGCUUGAAAGGGGCCACGUACGACCUAUAAUACGAAGAAGUGGCGUUCUUGGGAACUUUCAUGGAGUGAAAUGGAACAACUAUCAAGAAUGUUUAUCCUAUAGUACAAGUACCUCUUCUGAAAUUCAAAGUGCAGCGAGGCCAUCAAUCAAGCUGGCGCUUUUUACAUCCCACAACUCCAAGAAAGAGUCAUAUGAAUUGGACCGAAUACCUUUGGAUACUUUCCCCAAUCCUAUUUUUUGCAUGAACAAAGAUGAAAUCUCGAAUUUGACCAAGUAUGAGUUUCUUCACUUGAUCCAGAUUCCAUAUAAGUCGAUUUCUGAGGUAGACUUAUUUGCAUACAAUCUAACCCAGAUCUUAAAUGAUUUACUUAUAAGUGAUACCCGUAAGGCGUAUCAUAUGUUAAACAGCAUAAAAGAUGAACCCAUGAGAGGGAUUGUCGUAGAGGGCCUAAUGGGACUCUACACCGAUAAUUCGAUCAAGAGGUCAAUAUUGAAAUCCAUAUCUAACGAUCACCAGUCCAUCAAAUGGGAUUUGAUCGAAUCGAUAAACUUCAUUUUCAAAAGUAAUACUGGGGCAAACGAAGGUAAAGAGGGCGAAGAAUCUUUGUCUAGUCUACUCUUAAAGUACUUGGACACUCUUGCAUCAAUACCCAAUGUCAACCACCAUCAAAUCUUAAUUCCCGAUAAAUUGUACCAAGAAAUCUUUUCCAUCAUUCCCAGAUCCUCGUACGGUCAAUUUUUUGCAUGCCUUGUACAUAUUAACAUUCAGCCUUUCAAUUCUUCAUUACUAAAUCCAUUAAAGCAUGCACUUAUAAUGGGGUCUAAUUUAGAAAAAUUCAUUGUUCGUACAGGAGUUAGGAACGCUAAAUGGCACGAUAUUCAUUACUCUGGAAUCGAUGACAGCCACAAAAGAAGAAUGCACAACUUCUUCACUCUAAAGGAACUUGCUGCCAAUGCGAUGAACAGUAUUAGAAGUAAAGAGAUCAUUGAAUCGAAUUUGUAUUUAAAUCUAGUGGUUGAAAAAUUCGAAAUGAACUGUACAGAUGAGGUUACUCAGCAGAAACUGGGGAAUGAAAGAAAGACAUUGAUCUCAUCAACAAUUUCUGAAGAUAUACAAACUGUGUUGUUUGUAUUGUUAAACCAUAUUAUGACAUUUAAGGGGUCUGAAUAUUGUGUUAAAGUCUUGAAAUAUAUGCUUGAUAACCAAUUGAAUGUCUCCAUUGAAACUUUGUUGGCUAUAUUACGCAAUUUGAGAGAACAUGGAUAUCAUGAGGAAUCGUUAGUUAUGUUAAAUAAUAUAAACUUGGACAACUUGGCUCGGAAAGAUAAACUAAAGAUAGUGGAAGAGAUUUUGCUCUUGAUUAGCGAAAAAUUUCCCGAUCAACCCAAGGUACUCUUGGGAUAUAUUGUUGCAUUUUACGACCGAAUAAUAAAACAGCUUGACCUUUUGGGAGUGUUACAGCCAAUAUAUGGAAGUUUGCCAGGAGGAAGGGACUUGGAAAAUUGGACAAGUACCAUUCAAAAAGCAAACGUCGACCAGAAACUUUCUUCUUUGACUCAUCGAUUAAGUUCCACGACCGUGAAGAUUCUCUAUGGAACAAUAUUGAGAUCACAAUUCGAAUCUGACCCUGUUGGAAUAGAAUCUUUCGCUAGAUUUGUUGAAUCGCUUUAUACACUGUAUAUCAUACAUUUCAAAAAGUUAGACCCAUUGUCCGAAGAUGUUCUAGCCAACUUUGUUAAAUACUUAUUGAAAGUAAACCCCGAGGGAUAUGGCAUGAACUUUACUUCAGGUGCAGCCAAUUAUCAGAUUGCUAAACAUAUAAUGGAAGACUUUCACUCUAACGAUUUCAAUGUUAGUAGAAAGCAUCGUUCUAUACAUUUGUACGACACAUUGGUAUACUCUGCUUUGAAUGUCCACCAAGAUUAUCAAUUUGCCUUUAAAAUGGUUCAAAAAUCUAGAGCGUUUGGGUUGCCAUUCACCUUCAACCAAGUCUACUCAUUUAUCAAGUACCAUUAUUCGAGACACGAGCACAGUAGAGCAGAAUUGUGGUAUAACCAACUAACAGGCGAUGGAAUUAAGGCAAAUUCCUCGCAACUGAAGGAGAUAUUCAAAAUUGCAAGGGAGUUGAAUUGGGAUGUAAAUGGAUUUGUAUAUAGAAAAAUGGGAAUAAAGAGAAACCGGUUAAAAAAGGAAGAGUAUAAGAAAGUCAUGCAGGAUCCAUUUCGGUUUAUCGAAAGUAAAGAAAGUGAAGAGGAUGAGAUAUCAGUUGAGCUCAUUGGAGCUAAUGAGGUAUACCCAGUGGGAGAAAAGAGACAUAGAGAGGAUACAAACCUAGCAGAUGAAUUAUCAACUCUAUUGUACCAAGUGUCACAACAGUCGAAAGAAAACAAUGAAGCUAAAUAA